GACAACGGAAUAAGCCAUUGGAGAGUCGGCGCCGGCGGUAACCCGCUGAUUGACGUUAGGGCCAACCAAUCAGCGGUCGGUGCGGGGGGGGAGGUUUCCGGCGCGAAGGGGGCCGGUCGGUGUCAUUGUUCAGUCAUGGCGGCCGCUGCCGACGGCGGGGGGAAGGCGGCGGGGGGCGAGGAGCGGCCGGGGGAGGCCCAGGCCCAGGCCCCGGGACCGGCCCAGGCCCAGGCCCCGGGGGACAGGGCCAGCUUCGAGUGCAACAUCUGCCUGGACACGGCCAAGGACGCGGUGAUCAGCCUGUGCGGACACCUCUUCUGCUGGCCCUGUCUCCAUCAGUGGCUGGAGACGAGGCCGGACCGACAGGAAUGUCCCGUCUGCAAAGCGGGGAUCAGCCCGGAGAAAGUCAUCCCACUGUACGGACGAGGCAGCAGCAGCCAGCAGGACCCCAGACUGAAGACGCCACCCAGACCCCAGGGACAGAGAUCGGAGCCCGGACACAGAGGGGGCUUCCAGGGGUUUGGUGACACCGGAUUCCACAUGUCGUUUGGGAUUGGGGCUUUUCCCUUCGGAUUCUUCACCACAAUCUUCAACGCCAGUGAGAACCGGCAGAGAGCGGGCCGCGGACACAACCAGCCCAUCAAUGAGUGGGAAUCGUACUUCGGGGUCAACCGUGGAGCUGGCAACAACAACUGGGACUCGCUUUUCCUCUUCAUUGCCAUCUUCUUCUUCUUCUGGCUGCUCAGCGUGUGAGCCUCGGCAGGGAGCCGUCCGCUGCACACGCCCAGGGUGACAGUGUUCCCUCCUGUUGGUAAAUAAAGGACGGAUGUGAACCACCACUCACAGGCAGCCCAGGACAAUGCCCCACUCUGUUCCCCUCGCUCCUGGGCUCCGUCGGCUGUGACUGAUGCCACACCACUCGCUCGGGUCACGAGUCACAGCUCCCACCUCCUGCCCGGAGCCCUGCUCACUCAGCCCCUUCCCUCCCCACCGCCGGGCCAGCGGGGCCAAUCAGCAGACAUGUGGCAGCAGCACACAUCUGUCCGUCACACCGAGGCUGUCAUAGAACUGGUGGGGAGCCGUCCCUCCGUCAGGAUCCACUUCCCUCCCUCCCUGCCAUCCCUCCCCUCACUAUCCGCUGCUCUCUCUCCCACCCUCCCUCCCUGCCGUCUCCCCCCCACCUCACUAUCCGCAUCCCUCCCUCCUGUCCCCCCCCUCAGGAUCUGCUGCCGUGCCUGGGGGACGAUGGAGGGGAGGGACGCGACUCACAGGACCAGCCCCACCCCCCCAUGUCCGCCCCUGUUUGACCAAUAGAGACCCAGAGUGGAAGGAACACCACUCACGGCCAGGCGUGUUGCUGGAGCCCGGGCUUCUGGUGAGGCUGCUGCACCUCCUUGUUGUGGGGGCACUGAAGAAGGGGCACUUACACCGGGGCAGUGUGAGCUGUGAUCUUCGUGCAGCCAGGGUCAGCCCCACCUCAUCUGUGUUCAGCUUUAAUCCCACCCCCCAAUGGCUCUGCUCCCCUCCCCUCCCCUCCCAGUCCCCAGCUGUGGGUCGGGGCUCUCUGCAGCAUCCCCAAUGUGGCAGUCACACCUUGGUCACAGGUGAUCUCACCUCCACCCCACUGAAUCCAUUCGACCUCCAGCACCUCGGUGCCAGAGGAAUCUGCUUCACUGCCUGGAUAAUUCUAUCCCUGUAAAUACUUCUUGCACUUUCUCCUCUUGUCCUCAUUGUAAAUCAGAGAACUAAGUGUGGUCUAACCAAGGGUGUGUACAAAACCUGCCAGGGUUGCUGAACCUCGGAACUUGGUCCCACCCCGGAGUGUGCAAAGCCCACUCCCUGCUGGCCCUGCUCUGCUAGAGGAUGGGCUGAGGGGCAGCUGUGGGAUUCGUCUCCUCCCCCUCCCCCAGUGGACACUGGAGCGCAGUCCCAACCCUCUGGCUGUGGGCUCUGGGGUUCAGAUGGCACCGGCGCGGUCUGAAGCUGCUGCCAGUCAUUCUGUAAAAUGACGUGGAGGUUCUAUCAAUGAUUGUAACUUGACAAACUGUAGCUGGCACCGAUUUGGUGUGUGUGUGUGUGUGUGUGUGUGAGCACAUUUCUGCUUUCGUGAAUAAAUAAACCUUUGAUUACCAUGCUCAGA